GCGUUAAACAAUAAAACAACCAACCAACCAAUUCCUGGACAGCAUCAAUGCAGGACAAGGGUGUGGAAGACCUCUGGCCCCUUCCAUGAUUGGUUGAUUGCUAUUGCCAUUUUAUUGUAAUUCAUUUGUUUUACUGGAAUAGGGGGAAUGUGGUGUGUAAGUGAGCUGUUUGUGUUUGAGUUGUUAGGGGAGCUGCAUCUGGUCAGUGAGCUGUUUGAGUUGUUAGGGGAGCUGCACCUGGUCAGUGAGCUGUUUGAGUUGUUAGGGGAGCUGCACCUGGUCAGUGAGCUGUUUGAGUUGUUAGGGGAGCUGCACCUGGUCAGUGAGCUGUUUGUGUUUGAGUUGUUAGGGGAGCUGCAUAGAGUCAGUGAGCUGUUUGAGUUGUUAGGGGAGCUGCAUCUUGUCAGUGAGCUGUUUGUGUUUGAGUUGUUAGGGGAGCUGCAUCUGGUCAGUGAGCUGUUUGUGUUUGAGUUGUUAGGGGAGCUGCAUCUGGUCAGUGAGCUGUUUGUGUUUGAGUUGUUAGGGGAGCUGCAUCUAGUCAGUGAGCUGUUUGAGUUUGAGUUGUUAGGGGAGCUGCAUCUGGUCAGUGAGCUGUUUCUGUUUGAGUUGUUAGGGGAGCUGCAUCUGGUCAGUGAGCUGUUUGUGUUUGAGUUGUUAGGGGAGCUGCAUCUGGUCAGUGAGCUGUUUGUGUUUGAGUUGUUAGAGGAGCUGCAUCUGGUCAGUGAGCUGUUUGUGUUUGAGUUGUUAGGGGAGCUGCAUCUAGUCAGUUUGAUCCAUUCACUAAUAAAAAAGUUGUUUACCUAGAUGGUUCUCAGAACAACGCUACAGGGUUUAACCUUGACUUACAGGGGGCACGGGUGGCCCAGUCAUCUAAGGCGCGCGAUUUGCUGUGCAGAGUUGCGUCCAUAAGGCACACCAGAAACCUAUGAUUGUGGUUUUCGCCACAAUAAUGAGAAGUUAACUGAUUAUUUAUUGAUUAC